AUGAUUGAAGUAAUUUUGUUGGGCUGUUUUUUGAUGUUCGUUAAUGGUGAUGGCGUUGCAGAUGUCGUACUGUCCUGUGCUUUGGUGGAGGAGGGAGUCGGACUGGGAAGAAUGGGAGGUGGUGCUCUUUUCACUCGAACUCCAGCCACUCUGGUUCUACGAGAUGUUCCAGUGGGUCCAGAUGACUCACUGGACACACUAACUCCGUUUGUCCCCCCUUUGGUCCCUGAUCCAGACCUCCUUCUGUUUGAGCUCAAAGUGUCAUCGCCAGAGAUCCCCAACGCAGACCUGUUGCUCCACGCAGACUGCAAUGAACUGGAGGUGAUGUGUGAAAUAAGUCGCUACUCUCCUCGGGGACGCCAGGAAGGUUCUGAUCCCACUUAUUUCAUGGUGUCUCUCAGUGUGGAGGAAGUAGACUUCAGCACGUCUCUGAUCCUUCAGACUCAGUCAGUGGAAAAGACCCCGUCGACCCUGAUUCAAAACAAACUGGGUUUGCCUCUCAGUCAGUCAGGAACUCUGCAGACGAAAGUGAUAUUCCUGGUGUUUUCCAACAUAAAGUCUGUAUCGACUCCUUUGAGAGGCGAUGUUCUCCUCAGCUGUGGCUUCAGGCAAGAGGAGGUACCGUUAGGACCGGAGGUUGGUGUCGAAUGGAGACUGCAGCACAGAGGAAAAGGCCAGAAAGUGUUGGAAAUGAAGACAAAGUUAAACGGUACAGAAGGGGCCUCAGUAGUGGAAGGAGAGAGGAGAGGCUCCAGCGUGGACGCCGCUCAGGUCGUUGGUCAGGGGAACGUCUCUCUGAGCCUGAACAAGCUGAAGGUUAUUGAUGAGGGAACCUACAUCUGUACUGUCAGUAUCGGUCAUUUCCACGCCCAGCAGCUCAUUCAGCUCCUCAUUAUUCAACCUCCAGAUGUUUCGCUGUCAGAGGAGAAGUUUGUUUUAAAUGCAAAAACACCAAAGACGUUAAGCUGUCACUGCAGUAAAUAUUAUCCAUUAGACGCGCAGAUGGAGUGGUUUUACCUCUCUCCAACAGAUGCAGAGCCACAGGUUUUUCCAGAUAAGGGCUCUUUAAGCAGCCAUCGGCAGCACGGUGACGGGACGUAUUCUUUGUCAUCUCACCUCAGUGUGCCGCCAACUGUCCCCCCGGGGACCAAGAUCACCUGCAGGGUGUCCCACCUGGCGCUGGACGCUCCACUUCAUCUCACGUUAGUGGUGGAAAGUCCUCAACCAGAUUCCUAUUGGUGGGUCCUGGGGUUCCUCAUCAUCACCGUACUUUUCUUCCAUCAGGUCAUGAAAUAG